CAGUCUGCGAUUUCUCGCGCCAUCUCAAUUUCACAUAGGUAUGAACCGCAUUUGUGAAUAUUCACAACCCAAGAAACCUAGGAUUUAUUGGAGAAAAGAAAUUGUGGUGAAAACGUUUCUUGAAGCAUGUAUACAGGAAGUAGCUUUAAAUGGACGAGAAGGUGGUAGUCUUAAGCCAGUUUCAUGGAAGAAUGUUGCGGAAACACUAAAAAUGACACAUAAUUUCAUUGUUGAACAAAGACAAAUGAAAAAUCAUUAUGACUAUCUGAAAGGAAAAUUCGGAGCAUGGUCAAAAUUAAAGAACAAAACAGGAGAUGUGUAUGAUCCAUUGACCAACACAUUUAAUUUAACAGAAGAGGAAUGGCAGAUAGAAAUGAAGUCAAAUAGAUACAUACAACGAUUGAGGAGUGCGCCACUUCCUUUUCCCGAACUUUGUCUACAACUUUUUGAUGGAGUUAUUUCCACAAAGAUUGGAACUUCUACUCUUUCUAACCCUUCUCCUCUUGCUUUCAAAAUGAUUGAAGAUCGUCCAGCAAAUCAUACACAAGAAUCAUGUGAUUCAACACAAGAUCCCCUAGCUUCAGCACGAGAGUGUUCUUCUCGUCUUCAAACUCAAAUAAAAAAACGAAAAGCAGGCACGGUUUGCACGGCGCCAAUCGAAGAAAGUCACUGCCCUACCGACGAACAUCGGCUGCAACAGGAUGCGUGUCAGGAGCUUAUGGUUCAGAAGUUGGACGUUGAUGCUCAUCCACCGUCUAGGGAUCCUGAUCUUGUGCCGAUGGGUUCAGCGGAAAGUUCAAGUACCGGUAGAUCUUAUGCUCGUUGCCUGGGUUCGGGAAAUUCUGAUGAGGUACGAAGAUUAAAGAAACAAAUUGAAAGAAUGGAACAAGCGCGUGAACAAGAAAGGUUAGAGAUGAGAGUCCGAGAAGCAAGGCUGCUAGCACGGGAAGCAGAGUUGGGAGCGUGGGAAGCAAAGUUGCAAGCACGAGACGGGCGGGAAAUUAAUGAGUUAAAGAUUCAAGUUGAGGAACUGCGUAGAUCUAUGGAGAUCCGGAAGAAGGAGGAUGCAGAGAGGAUGGAGAUCCUGAAGAAGCAGGAGGCAGAGAGGAUGGAGAUCCUGAAGAAGCAGGAGGCAGAGCAUGCAGAGAGGAUGGAGAUCCGGAAGAAGCAGGAUGCAGAGCGUGAAGAGCUGAUGGACACGAUGAGAAGGUUAAUCCAAUCUCACCAGUUUCCGCCGACCCCGCCGCCAGAUUUUUGAUAUCUUGUUUGUAUGUUUAUGAACUUUUAUCACUAGCAAUCAAUCAUACUUUAAUUUUGUUGAAUAUUUUGUAUCGUAUUUAUUUCGCCCUAACAACCGUAUUGGGCAUUAAUUUAUG